UUUGGUAUUUUAGUGGCAGUGGCAGUAUGGUCACACUGCUGGAACCAAAAUUGAAUGAACCGGUUCCGGAGCGAACAUUUCAUUUUGGUUUUGUUUUUUUUUUUGAAACAAAUGCAGAUUUGUUUUUUAUUGUUUAAGUUGUUUGCCCGUCCGUGCUGCUAAACAUAGAAUCCGGCGGACAGUGCGACCGUGACCGUGGACGGCGUAUGGCGGGAAUCGAAUAAAUAUAAUAAAUAAAUAAACGAACGAAUAUCUAACGAAUGUGCAAUGUGCGUUAAUCCAACAGCCCCAACACAUACAAACAAUUAUUUAUAACGUAAUCGGGCCAAGCCAUAAAAUCCACAUUCCAUGCAUCAUCAUCAGAAGGAGCAGCAGCAGCAGCAGCGCCUAAGGACGAAUGGCGCCUCCCGAGGAGCAGGAACAGGAGCUGGAGCUGGAACUGGAGCAGGAGGAGCCAGAGGCGGAGUACGUCCUGGCAGCUACUUUAGUGGACCAUCCUGCGCCCACUGCCGCGGCCAGCUGCUGCCCCAUCCCGAGGAGCCCAUCGUGAUGGCGUUGGGACAGCAGUGGCACUGCGACUGCUUCCGGUGCUCCGUCUGCGAGGGCCAUCUCCACAACUGGUACUUUGAGCGCGAGGGACUACUGUACUGUCGGGAGGACUACUACGGGCGGUUUGGGGAUGCCUGCCAGCAGUGUACGGCCGUGAUUACGGGUCCCGUGAUGGUAGCCGGAGAGCACAAGUUCCAUCCGGAGUGCUUCUGCUGUGCGGCAUGCGGCUCCUUCAUCGGCGAGGGGGAGUCCUAUGCUUUGGUGGAGCGGUCGAAGCUCUACUGUGGCCAGUGCUAUGGGAAGCGCAGCUGCCAGCCGGCGGACGCCAAGGCCAGGAUAACGACGGCUGGGAAGCCGAUGCACUCCAUCCGCCUCGUGGAGAUCCCCAAGGACGCCACCCCCGGCCUCCGGGUGGACGGCGUGGCACUGGACGACGGCUGUCCCACUGUCCGGAUAGCGGAUUUAUUCUGCAACUUCUUUUUCUGGCUGGCCUCCAUGGCGGAGCAGUGCUGCGGGGCUCCUUAUAGGAUCGAUGUCAACCUCACCAAUCUGCACAUCGGCGACCGCAUCCUGGAAGUGAAUGGGACUCCGGUGAGCGACUCCUCCGUGGAACAGAUCGACAAGCUGAUCCGGAGCAACGAGAAGAUGCUCCAGCUAACCGUGGAGCAUGAUCCGGUCCAGGUCUGUCGAUCCUGCAGCCAGGCGGACAUCCAGCGGGCCUGUUCCGCCUCCACGCUGAUCCUGCCGCUGAGCACCUCCGCCUCCAGCGUCGAGGUGGGCGGACGGGAGAGACUGUACAAGGCGGCGCAGGGGGGGGAGCAGAGCGCCAAGGCCCGGAAACUGAGGCAGGCCAGCAACGCCUCCAGCAUCACCAUACCGAACGCCACCACCCAGCUGAAGGAGAAGGAGCGCUGCUCCAGCAUGUCCAAGCUGCAGGAUCAGGCCCAGCAGCACCUGGCCCACCCACUGUCCAGGACACAGUCCUGCCGAGUGGUCCAGAAGCCACAGCGAUUCUUUCGCGCCUCCGAUCUGGUCAUUGGCGAGAAACUGGGCGAAGGAUUCUUCGGAAAGGUCUUCAAGGUCACCCAUCGACAGAGCGGCGAGGUGAUGGUCCUCAAGGAGCUCCACCGCGCCGACGAAGAGGCCCAGCGGACGUUCCUCAAGGAGGUGGCUGUCCUGCGACUCCUCGACCAUCCCCAUGUCCUCAAGUUCAUCGGCGUCCUGUACAAGGAGCGGAAACUGCACAUGGUGACGGAGUAUGUAGCGGGCGGGUGUCUCAAGGAGCUGAUCCACGACUCCCGCCAGAUCCUGUCGUGGUCGCAGCGGGUCUGCCUCGCCCGGGACAUCGCCUGCGGGAUGAGCUACCUCCACUCGAUGAACAUCAUCCAUCGGGACUUGAACUCCAUGAACUGUCUGGUGCGGGAGGAUCGGUCGGUUAUUGUGGCCGAUUUCGGUCUGGCACGGAGUGUGGAUGCACCGCGUGUCCCGGGAGCUUCGGGCGGCGGUGGUGGAGGAGCUGGACCCGGCACUCCCGGUGGCUAUGGUUCGGCAACGAAUAGCGAUGCUGGCAUAUCCCCCGGCGGGACUCUGCGGCGGAGCAAGAGCCGUCAGCGCCGGCAACGAUACACGGUGGUGGGGAAUCCCUACUGGAUGGCCCCGGAGAUGAUGAAGGGUCUCAAGUACGACGAGAAGGUGGACGUCUUCUCCUUUGGCAUCAUCCUGUGUGAGAUUAUUGGUCGCGUCGAAGCCGAUCCGGACUUUAUGCCCCGCAACUCGGACUUCAGUCUCAAUCAGCAGGAGUUCCGGGAGAAGUUCUGCGCCCAGUGCCCGGAGGCGUUCGUCAAGGUGGCCUUCGUCUGCUGUGACCUUAAUCCGGACAUGCGUCCGUGCUUCGAGACGCUCCACAAGUGGCUGCACGAACUGGCCGAGCACCUGGCCGAGCACUCGGAGCGUCAACUGCCGCCGGAGAGCCUCCUGCACCGGAUCGAGAACUUCCAGGAGAGCUAUGCCAGUUCCGAGGACGCCCUGUCGCCCACCUCCCAGCGCAGUCUCGACAAUCUCGAUGAAAUCGUCAAGGAUCCGCCGGCCGUUGAGGUGGAAGUCUCACCCGUGGAGAAGGAGAAUGUGGUCAUUAGGCCGCAGGAUAUACCGAAGUCGCCGCAUCUGGGCAAGGAUUUCUCGCCGAGCGGUGAACGGCUGAGGGACAGCAUGCGGGCGCGAAGGAGGCAGAGGUUUCUGGGUGCCCAGGAGCAGCGCAGGAACCUAACUCCCGAAACGGAGUCCAAGGAGCGAGCCCUGAAACAGGCGCUCCGGAAGUGUCGGCCGUUCGGGGAGCGGGGAUACCUGGUGGACCUGCGUCCUGGCGGGGAACUACAGCUGCAGGAUGUCCGGGAUCUGAACACCUACUCCGAUGUGGACUCCAGCUGCGACACAAGUCUCAACUACCACGAGAUCAAUAAUCCGCCCACAGGAUUGGAUAUUCCUCCGGAGGAGCCAAAAUUGGAGAUGGAGCCACCUCCUCCCUCCAAGGAGGAGCCACAACACCGGCAACAGAUCGAGGACAUGCGCACCCGACUGAACCAGUGCCGGAGCAAGUUCGAGCACCUCGAGGAGGCCAGCCGGAGGAACUUCAGCCAGUCGCAGCACUCGAUGCGGAACUUCUUCAAGACCCCGCCGGUGGCCCUGAAGAUGUUCCAGCGGCUGGAGCACGAGGCGGCCGCCGCUCUGAAUGGUGGCCAGACCACAACACCACCACCGCUGCCGCCACGGACGCAGCGCAUCAACCAGACACCGAUCUUUGGCCGGCGAAAGCCCCCCCUUACCGCGGAUCCGGCGGAUCAGAAGCUUCAGCAUUCCGAGUCGCUGGAGAACUUGGUCGGGGGACGGAAACCGAUGCCGCCCAUCCCAGCGACCAAAAGGAGCAAAGGACCGGUUACUCCAAUGCCCACCAUCAUCCUGCCGAACAGUAGCACCUCCAAUGGCACGCCGGCGGCAGCUUCCGGCGGGGACUUUCCUCCGAAGAAGCACAAACUGACCCUGCCACUGCCCCCCCAAUCCCAGAUGUCAUCCGUGCCACGGUCUGGACAUUCCAAGCCAUCCACUACCACGAAGGUGAAGCCGUCGAAGGCGCCACCCUCCUCCAGCCGCAUCAUGUCCAGCAACAGCAUCUCACCGACCCGCAACAGCCGUCCCAGUUCGCCCACAAAGCAUCUCGCCCAGCGUCACACCGCCUCCACGGCCCAAAGACUGAACAAUGUGGCCGCCGCCCAUCACCAUCAGAGCCUCCAGCAGCAGCAGCAGUCCCAGCGGACCACGCGCCUCAACAUCCUCAGUCCGGAGAAGGUGCAUCGUCUGGGCGCCCGACUCACCGACCAGAAGCAGAAAAUGCGCGAAGAGGCCGCCGCCAGUGGUGGCCUAGCUAGUGGCGGUGGCUUGGCAGGAUCUGCGGCGAAUGGUCUCAGAUCUGCCGCCCCAGGAGGAGGAGGAGGAGGUGGUGGAGCCCCUGGCGACAGAAGACGGCGGGCAGCUCCAACCCCUCCGGCACGGACGCACUUCAAUACCAGAUGCUAGCUGUUCGAGGAUUCAAGGAUCAUCUAUUCCUCCACUCAGAUCCACUCAGGAAUCAGCUGUUUAGAUUGUAUAACACUUUGCCACAUUAUGUAUAACACUUUUCUACUACCCCGAGUACAGUCUGAAGGUUAUAAUAGUUAUAUGUUUCUUUACACAAAUGGCUGUCACUGUUAUACACGCAACUGUUAUACGCAAGAAAAAAAAAAAGAACACAUUCCAAGAAAACGAAUAUUACGAAAGCGACCGAACUAGAUACGAAUCUGGAAAGAGAUAUAUAGUAUAUAUACUCCCGAUUCCCGAAAAAAUGAUAAAUAAUAAAUAAUAUUCCAAAGGCAGCAAGCGACGAUGGGUUUUCAAAACCCUCGAAAUUCAUAUGACAGUUUGUCCCCCAAACUGUUAUACUAUCUCUCUAAUUUUUUUUAUUUUAAAAACAUGAUUUUUUUUUUUCUGUGUAAUAAUAAUACAAACAAUAAUAGUAAGCUUAUGUAACGAAAGGUUAAGUGCCUGAUUAGAUAAAAAAAAAAAAACAAAAAAGUUGCAAUAUUUACAAACAAAAAAUGCGAAUAAUUAUAUAGUAUUUUAAGAUUACAGGGUAACAACUGUUCCGACUAACCUAACGAACUCAACUAAAAAUGCUAAGCAAUUAAUUUUUAACUAUUUAACUAUUAACCCGACUUAUACGAUAGUUACUGUCUGACAAAAAAAAAAAUUAUAACAGAUAUGCGAAAGUUGUGCCAUGAUAGAGUUCUCGCGAGGAAGGGAUUAUCGAUUAAAUGUAGAAGGAACCCACCCACUAAAAAAAAAAAAAUUAAGAGAAAGACAUAAAAAAUAAUGUACUUUAUUAGACAAAUUGCGGUUUGAAUAUUUUUUGAUAUACACCAUAUAUAUAUUAUACAUAUAUACAUAAAUACUAUAUAUAUUCCAUAAUUAUAUAGAUAAUGAUAUUCCAUGUUAGUGCUUAAAUCUAAUUUAUUAUUUAACAAGCAACUACUUUCUUUUUGGUAUUUAAAAGAAAAAGUCUAACUUGUAUUAAAAAAAGGAGAAAAAACUAAAAAAAAAAAAGGAAGAGAGGAAGAGUAAUUUCGGACAGAACCGAAGUUGAUAUACCCUUGCAGUUAAGAGGUAUAAGAUAUAUAUGGUUGGAUAAAAAUAAUUUCUUUAGAAUAUAAAUUUCGAAAAAAGUCCCAAUCUUCUAUCUUCAAAAAAACCAAAGUUGUGUAAUUUCCGAUUGCUCAGUUAUAGGGAAGCUAUAGGAUAUAGUUGACCGAUCCUAUCCAUUCCGAAAUAAAUAAUGCAGGAAGAAAUAAGAAGACUGUCUGUAAAAUUUGAAGCCAAUAGCUUUAAAACUAAGAGAUCAGAAUAGAAAAAAGAUAGAAUAGCGGACAGACGGACACGCGGACACCCCAUAAUACCCUCUGCAAGGAUAUAUAAAAAAAAUAUAAAAAUAAAUGAAAGUUUUUGCUCAAAAGGCAAUAGUUUAAGUCACACACACACACCAACACACACACGCUCAAUGCUAACUGUUAUACAAGACACGCACACGCUCAAGCCUAAUACUGUUAUACUGUUAUACCGUAAACCUUAAAAAAAUCCCUUAAAAAACCCCUAAACUUAAGUCUGUGUGAAUCAAAACGCUUUUGAAAUUUAAUAAUUGCUUGAAUAUGACACUUGAGAGAUGACUGUUAUACGUAUAACAGUUGAUACACUCAAUAUUUUACUAAAAAAUACAAAAAACAAAAUAUUUCUAGCAUUUACACAUAAAUAUGUGCGAUAUUUUUAUACACCGAUGAUAAUUAUGUAAUGUGUUGCAAUUUUUCCUCAAAUAUUUUUUUGAAACUACGUUUAUACGCCGGCCAUCUUGUUUUCGAAAUUGUUUUUGAAACCCUACUCCCCAAUAACUAUCUGUUUUUAUGCAAUAUUUACAAUUAUAGCUGCUUGUGGUAACAAUAUCUCUCUAUUUGUAUAUAAGACUACUUACUAAUCGAUGUUUUUUAUUCGUUUUUCGAAAAGUUUUCGUUCAAAACCUUAAGCCCGUGUAUGAACUUAGUUUUCGAACCCUUAAAUCGCAAACCUUGAAUAUUUUUUUGUUAAUAAAUAAAUAAAAGCUGAAAAAAUAAA